AAAGAAGAUGAUAUUUUUUUAGGUCAUGUUAUCUCUUCAACACAUUGGAGGAGAACGAUGUGGUCCCCAACGUGUCAAUGACCUCAAAGUGGCCUACCAGGAGAUUUUAAAAUGUUUCUUAUACGUAACUCAGAAGAACUGGCAUGCAUAUAUAUACACACACGCAACCAGUAACCACCACAACCUCAAACAGCAAAGCCCAGAAAGAACCAUCAAAACCACACACAUCCCAUUCAAAUUUGUACAAACCUUAUAAGAAGUGGUUGAUAUGGGGACAGGAAGGGGAGAUUCGGGUACGUUGGAAUGGAAGGUGGAUAUUCCAGGUGGGAAAUCAGAGACAUUAGUGCCAGAAUCUGGGUUUGUCUGUAGAAUUUGGAGAGGAUUAAGGGGUUUGGUUGAAGGGUUUUUGUUGAAAAUCUGGAGGUUUUUGGAAAAGGCUUGGGGUAUAGGAGUUGAUGAGCCUAGAAAACUAGUUCAUUGUCUUAAAGUAGGGUUGGCGCUUUCUGCUGUCUCACUCUUCUACUAUAUGAGGCCUUUGUAUGAUGGUGUUGGAGGGAAUGCUAUGUGGGCAGUGAUGACUGUUGUGGUAGUUUUUGAGUACACUGUUGGUGCUACACUCUCAAAGAGCAUUAACAGAACAGCGGCAACUUUUCUUGCUGGGUCGCUUGGUAUUGGUAUUCACUGGGUUGCAAGUCAGUCAGGAGAAAGAUUUGAGCCUAUAAUUCUUGGGUUCUCAGUUUUCAUUCUGGCUGCAGUAGCAACCUUUUCUCGGUUUGUUCCAUCAGUGAAAGCCAGAUUCGACUAUGGUGCUAGCAUCUUCAUUCUCACCUUCAGUCUAGUUUCAGUUUCAGGCUAUCGCGUGGAAAAAUUAGUUGGGUUGGCACACAACAGACUGUCCACAAUUGCCAUUGGGACCUCCCUAUGCAUUAUCAUCAGCAUGCUCUUCUGUCCCAUUUGGGCGGGCGACGAGCUUCACUCUCUGAUCACACGUAACCUGGAAAAGCUUUCCGAUUCCUUGAAUGGAUGUGUAGCUGAGUACUUCCAUCAAAAUGGAACUGUGGAUUCUGGUGGGGAAGAUUGUAGCAAAAAGCUUCGAGGAUAUAAGUGUGUCCUUAAUUCAAAGGCAACAGAGGAUUCCAUGGCCAAUUUUGCCAUAUGGGAACCUGCACAUGGCAACUUCAACUUCCGACAUCCAUGGAAACAGUACCUCAAGCUUGGAGCAUCCAUGCGUUACUGUGCUUGUUGCAUUGAAGCUCUCAAUGGUUGCCUAGAUACAGAGGUUGAGGCACCUGAGUUUCUUAAGGAGCACCUGCAAGAUGUUUGCAUGAUUCUAAGCUCCUGUUCUUCUAACGUCUUGAAAGAAUUAAUGAUUACCAUGAAAACAAUGAGAAGAUCAUCCAAGAUUGAUUUCUUUGUUGGAGAGAUGAACUCUGCAGUAAAAGACCUUCAAAAUGGCAUGAAAUCUCUUCCUACCAUGCUCUCAGUGACACCACCCGACACUGUAAAAGGAAAGCCAGGCACAAAAACCACCAUACCACCUCUCAUGGAGGUCCUUCCACUGGCUACAUUAGUAUCCUUGUUGAUUGAGAUUGCUGCAAGGAUUGAAGCCAUCGUUAACAACAUUGAUGAACUCGCUUGCUUGGCAGAAUUCAAGCCCGCCAAAGAUGACAAGCCGAAACAAAACCAGUCCACCAUCACACCCAUAUCAGAUGACCAAGAUCAUGAAACCAUGACGGCCAUUCAAAAAGUCUGAGUUCAUCAUGAUCAACCAGACAACGGCUUAUUCUAUCCAAAAAUCUAAGAAGUCUGUCCUGUAUAUCGUACACUCUGUGAUAUACAAAAGCUUUCUGAGCUUUUUUUCAGACAGCUUUUCUAUUCUAUCAGCAUAUCCUGUAUAAAGUAUUUUUUUAAUGUUUACUCUACUUUGGCGAUUGCAUGACACUGUGCAAUGCACAAACUUAUUUUUGUAAGAAUAUGCUCUCCACAUCACACCAUCUUUGUUGUGUAUGUGUUACAUCAUAGGAUCCCCCAUGGCUCCAAUAAAUGCACUAUUGUUCUACAUGGGUUGUUGUAGCCACACAUGGAAUGCAUCCCUCAGUGGACAGAUCCCAUCAAAUUGCAUUAAAGUAAGAUGAUAAGGAACCUGAUUCAACUAACUU